AGUCCGGCAAGCUUUCGGCUUCAGAUUUUGCCAUCAAGGCUGAUGGGGCCCCAAGCAAGAUCGACGGCAAUGAGACGUUCGUCUCAGCAGGAGGCUGGGAUUGGCGGUCGAACACAGCGGCUGCAAAGGAGCAACGCCACAAUCAGUUCGUGGCUGUGGUUGUUCAUGUCCGGAAGAAAGGAGGCCUUGUGGGUUCAAGGAGAGACCUAUCAACUGUAUUUCACUUUCCGCUAGAGAGUGGCACUCCACUUGGUUUUGUUCAACCUAAGUACCCUAUAGCCUAUACAUCUCGAUGCUCCAUAUUCUGCCAUAGCUAGGUGCGGGUGGUGGGUCUGCUUCUGCAGGAUGAGGAUACUUGAUGCUGUGCCCUUGUCUAUCAACUACCUUGGAAUAGAUCAGAAUAUGUAAAAAUCUUUGGAGUUUAGAACGCAAUAACGCAAUCAUCCAAAGAAAUAAUUGGACAUGAUUUUCCCUGACAUGCAAGUCUGGUCAAUGACUUUUUGCUUUGUUUCCAAAGAUCCCCCGCCAAGUGGUCCGGACUGACCACAGGCUCUCAGGAGGCGAUGGUCCCCAUUGAUGCUUUUAGGCUUCGCUUUCGCGGUCAAAGCUUCGCAAGACCUCAGUCCUAUUCGGCAAGACUUUGAGAGCACGUGGCUAUGUGGACAAGCGAGUGGAUCAAUCAGAUGGCCCGCACGUGAAGAGUGUUCCAACAUGCCUAUGAGGGCAAAAGCAGUGGGAGGACCCAAGCGAAAAGAUACAAAGAAGCAAGCUCAAGUUCAGAAAGAACGAAAAAAGAAGGACGAUGUGAUAGAGCUGGAAGGGAACGUGGUUGCACAUUCGCACAACAAUUUCAAGGUGCUGCUCACUAAUGGUGCCGAGGUACAAUGUACACUCGCUGGCAAGCUUCGAAUGAACAACAUUAAGGUAAUGGAAGGAGAUGCCGUGACUGUGGAGAUGUCACCGUUCGACCUCACCAGAGGUCGGAUUGUAUUUCGUACGAUCAAGAUGCCUGGUGAGUAGCCAGCAAGGUCAGACGAUCAUCAGAUUGCCUUUGGUGAGAACUCGUGCUUUGGUUUUCCGGCCUGGAAACUUGCCAGGGCAUGCACGUGAAGUUUUCUUUCCGGGAUAAAAAUGCGGCUUCUCAUACAGAACUGGCAUGGUGCAUAUUGCAUUGCCAAGACCUACGACUCACCCUUUCAAGCUACUACAAGCGACUUCAAAAAAA